AUGAAAGUAGCAUAUGUAUUGGCGACUCUCAAAUUCCUGAAUUAUUGCCUCUAUACUCUGAUUGUCCCCUUCUUUCCCAUCAUAUUAGCUGAUAAAGGACUUUCAGAAAAAUGGAUUGGCUACAUUUUUAGGUAUAUACCCUCAACUCUUAACUCCAUAUUUAGUGCAUAUCCAAUGAGUAGUAUUAUUUUUACACCUUUGAUGGGCGUCUAUAUAACAAAGCUAGGUAGGAAAAAAGCAUUGCUUCAUGGAUGUGCUAUUUCUGUAAGAGAACUUUUGAUAGGAAUAUCACUUUUCGCUCGCGUCCUACAAGGAUUAGCAAAUGCACUAACUUAGCCAACUUGUAAAAAUAUAAAUUUAAUUCAUCUAGCUCAAUCCAUUUUGCUGAUAUAUUAUAAUGGAAACAUAACCAAACCGAUGUCAAUAAUGGAAGUAUCUGGUGCACUUGGAGCAACAUUCGGACCAUUUAUUGGCUCAACUCUCAAUUAUUUGUUUGGUUACGAGGGUCCCUUUAUUGUAUUUUCUAUUUUGUACAUGUAGAUAUUCUCAUUCAUGAUCACUUACAUCCCAUCUGAUGAAAACAUUCAUGAAAAAAGAGAGAAUAUGGAUAAAUUACCAUUGGCAAAGAGAGGAAGGGAGGAAUCAGAAAACUUUGAGUUACUGAUGCAACAAAUUGGAAAUACUCAGCAGUCUGCACUUAAUUAUGGCUUCAGUAUGAAAUCUUAAGAUGUAAUUUAGCCAAUGAUUGGUUAGAAUGAAAAAAUAUAUAUGACUGACCCUGACGAUGAAUACUUUAAUAAUAAAGAAUACGACUACAAUUAUGGAAGAAAUGACUACGUAGGCUUUCAUCCAUUUUUUGAUGAUUUGCCCAAGCCGAUUCAUCACAAACGAAAGGAAAAUAUACCUCCACUAAGCAAUUAUCUAAAGGAAUUUGAUUGGAUGACUACUAGUUACAGGCAGAGUUCUUAUAGAAAAGGAGAAAAGAUCCAGACAAGCUAGCUUCGAAUAUUAUUUAAAAACCUUCAAGUCUUUGGAACAAUUUUUACCUUUUUUGUUUCAACCUGCCUUUGGGUUUACAUUGAACCUAUUCUAUCUUUAUAUUUAGUCAAGUAGUAUCAAUUAGCUGACUAUACUACUCCACUGUUUUUCCUGGUAUUCUCAGUGGGGUACCUAACCGCAACUUUUUCACUGAUAAAAUCCAAUAGGCUGUAGACUAUUUCUAGCAAAGCAUAGUCUGUAGUGGCAUUUAUUCUUGCAGGAGUAUCCUAAGUAAUGAUAUCUCCGCCAUAAGAAUCUUGCAAGUAAGUUAUUAUUUUAUUAAAGACUAUUAGUGCAAUUUGGUUGACGAGUUUGGGAUUAUUUUUAUUUGGAUUCUUUACUACUUUUACAUUGGUACCCAUUUACAAUGACAUGCUGCGAUCACUUGAAAAACAUUUUGAUCUUAAUAGAAUGUCAUUAUCAGAGGUUAUAGAUUUAUGCAGUUCUUUGACAGUAUUUUUGAAAAGUGCUGCUCAAGUAAUUGCUCCAAUUAUUGGAACAUAUUUAUAUGAAUGGUAUGGAUUUAGCUACGUGUGCCUAAUUUUCAGCAUUGUCUCCAUUAUUUAUGGAUUCUUCUUAAUGAUAAUUUUAUGA